AUGUAUGAAGAGAAUAUACGUUCAUUAAAAAGAUAUGAUAUUAAUACUUUACAACCAAUACCAAGAGUUAAAUUAAUGCCAAGAGCACAAUUAAGCAGAGAUAACUAUGGUAUAUCAUCAUCAAGACCAAUUUCUAGAAUUGAAUAUACAAUAGAUAAUCAAGAUAAUUUUUCAGAUAAAGAUGUUAAAUUAUCAUCUAUACCUGCAGAAGGAACAAAAUUAGGAAAAAUGAUUUCUAUUGAUUAUAUUUUAAAUGGAAGAAAAAAAGUUUAUGAAGGUAAUAUAGGUAGUGGAAGAUUUUUUUUCUUAUUUCAAAAAUAUCCUGCUCUUGUUGGAAUAAUUAUUUCACUUCUUUUAAAUUAUGGUCAAAGAUAUAACGAUACAGUAAAAUAUUUAAUUGAAGAAAGAGUUCAAAUAAUUAUGUCAUUGGCAAAUGGUUUAAAUAUUCUUGUUAGUUCAUUACAUGGUAUACAAAAUCACAAUUAUUCUUUUACAAGAGUAAAAAUAUUAAGUAUAAUUAAGGUACCACAUCUUAUUAUUACACUUAUUGCUGCAAUAAUUCAACUUGUUUAUUCAGUACUUUCUUAUGUAAAAUUAAAUAACAAUCAGAAUGAUUUAACAUGGUUAACUCAAUAUGGUCAAUGUGAUAUUAAUAUUAAAAAUUUAACACAAUCUUCAUCACCAACAAUUAAUAAUACAAAUUGUUAUACUGUACAUGAUAGGAUUAUUUGUUCCUGUAUUUUUAUGGGAUGCGCAAUUUCUAUAAUUAUUCUUGGAUUGUUUUCAAUUGCUUCCUUUUUUACAGCUUAUAUCAAUCAUAAAAUGGAUGUAAAAACAUUAAAGGAAAAACAAGUAAAACAGUCAAAAGUUAUUUCUGCUUAUACAAAUCAAACAGCUUUCGAAUCAACUAUGUAA